AUGGUGAUGACCCAAUGCCAUGAUGGUAUCACUGCUGGACAUGUAGGAAGAGAUGCUACCAUCAAGGCAGCUCAACAACAUUACUGGUGGCCAAACAUGACAGCUUGGAUUGCAGACUAUGUAGCAAGUUGUCCUGUAUGUGCUAGGUACAAAGCUCCUUGUCAUCGUCCAUAUGGUUUGCUACAGCCACUAGCAACACCAGACAGGCCCUGGGGCUCCAUAUCCCUCGACUUCAUUGAAGGACUACCACCAUCAAAGAAGUAUGACUCCAAGACCUAUGACUCUAUCUUAGUCAUUGUUGACAGGUUGACCAAGUUUGCCAUACUAGCCCCAACCCAUAAGACAGUCACGGCCAAACAGACUGCAGUGUUGCUCAACCGUCGAAACUGGAAGACAAGGAGACCCACACCCAAGUUAGAUACCCAGUUUGCAGGACCCUACCCAGUUCAGGAACGAGUAGGACACCGAGCUUAUCGAAUCACAUUGCCAGCAAACCUUAGGGUGCAUGAUGUGUUCCAUGUCUCCAUGCUCAAGCCAGCAAGAACAAGUUCUCUUCCUCAAUGUGCUGAACAGCCCACCAUACCAUCACUUCCAGAUGAGGACCUCAACUUCGAAGUCGAGGCACUCAUCGACAAAUGUUCACACAAUGGGACAACAGAGUACAAAGUGUUGUGGAGAGGGUACUCAGAGGAAGCUGCUUCAUGGGAACCAGUAGAGAACCUCAACUGCCCCGACCUCAUCCAGGAGUAUGAGGUGUCGGAGGGGGGACGAGCGAGUAGACAAAAUAGAGAGAGAAGGAGGAAGGAGGAUGACGUUGAGAGAAGGAGGAAGGAUGAUGUUGUUGAGGAGGGGGAGGAGGAGGAGGAGUCAGCAUGA